CGACACGCAAAGCCAGGAAAGUGCAUGCAAUGGUAUAUCACUGAAGCAGUUUCUAAUGAGCUUCGUCGUGAAUAACAACCCGCGAUACUUCUGAAGAAUCAGUAGACAGCUAACCGAGGAUGGCUAUGUCUGAGCUGGAACGGCUAUAUACUCCGAGUGAAUGGAGUAAACGAUAUGGAUCUGAAGAGAUGUGUCAGCAAUUCUUUGCAUUCUGUGCAAAAAUUACGGAAAAGGUUCAAAAAACUAUAAAAUGUGAACUUAAUGUGCCGUAUGGUCCUACAGAGCGUGCAAAGUAUGAUAUAUAUGGCACCGAUUUACCUAAAGAUGCACCAAUAUUUGUCUUUAUCCAUGGUGGAUAUUGGCAGGAAUUCAGCAAGGAUCUCAUUGGAUUCUCGGUACCCUUGUUUGUUGAAAACAAAAUCAAAGUAAUCACAAUUGGAUACGAUCUGUGUCCAAAUGUCAAACUUGGAGAUAUAGUAGAACAGAUAAAAUCGGCAGUCACGCAAAUAUUAAAAUAUGCAGCCGAUUCAAGCUCCAAAUACAUAUGCAUUGCUGGACAUAGUGCCGGAGCGCAUUUAGCUGCAACUCUAUUGCAUGACGACGAUUGGAUCAAUCGCAUGACACAACAAGGAUAUUUUGCAUUAUUAAAGGAAAUUAUAUUAAUAGGCGGAAUUUAUAACAUAAAACCUCUAGUUGAUACGAGUUAUGCGAAAGCUCUUCACCUCACCAACGAGGAAAUUAAAAAGUGGAGUUUAUCUACCCUUGAUGAAGCAAAGGAUCGUUAUAUUAGUGGCUUGAAAGUUAUUGUGACUGUAGGGGAAUGCGAUUCUCCCGUAUUUGUGAACGAAUCACGUGAAUAUGCCCAGAAAAUUAUUCCUAUAGUGGAUAACGUAGAAUACCUGUUACUUCGAAACAACAUUGACCACUUCGAUAUAGUGGAGAAACUUUUGGAUCCAAACUAUCAUCUUGCUAAAUUGAUAUUAAAGUGUCUUCAACCCAAUGCGAAUACUCGUUAGAAGAUUACAAAGCUAAAAUAUUUAUUAUAAGACGUUAUGUUUUCAAUAUAAAAUAUAUAAAAUACAAUAUUUAAAUUUGAUAACAAAAUUUAUUAAGAAUUAUAUUAAUGUAUUAAUAUAUUUGGUUUAUACAUAUAUUUUGUAUGAUAGAUGUAAUUAAAAUCCAAGUAUUGAUCA